AUCCUUUUAUUCAAUAUCCUCUUAAGGUUUUGUAGCACUCGUUACUUUUGGUAACAGUUGAGCUUCCCUAUAGUUAAUCAAAGGAUAGACUGUUGCUACCAACCAAAGGGACCACCCACCGUACAAUAAGCAAUAAAGAGUUCAGAAAUUUCUGGUGCGAGUGUAUUCUUUUUGUAAAGUUUCCGUUUUUAUACUUAUGUUUGGAAGCCCUCUGCUUUUAUAAGACAGAAAUUUAGAAAGCUUCUACAAACGUUUCCUGUUGUUAAUUCGUAUCGCUUGUCCUUAGAAACGUUGUAACUUCCGAAGUGUAGUUACUUUCUCUUCAUGGAGAUCUGGAAUUCAAAGACAUAUUCUUCUACUGAGUUUGAUGAUCUAGCUAUUCAAGUUUCCAACCCUUCAACAGCGAAAACCAUAACGCGUACACCUUCUGUAGAGUCAAUGAGCAUUCCUUCUUUUGAUAAUGAAAAUGCAAAGGUAGAAGAUGCUCGCCAAAAUCCUAGUAAUCAAUUCGAGGAUUCUUUAACAGCUCCUUUGCAAAUUUGCAUAGCUUCCAAUGAAAAAGUCUGGACUUUUACGGAAAACAAAGAAUGUUCAGAUAAUGAAAACUUGAAAGCUCUCGAACAGGUGUUAGAGGACUCAGGUGCUGCUGAUUUAAAUCGCAUACAGUUUCCAACCCCGAAAUCAGUUAAACGAUCGGCAGAACCCCAAACGAUCCAAGCUGCUCAUAAAAAACGUGCUAUUUCAUCUUUUUCUUUAGAAAAGAACAACUCUUCUAAUCAAAACCUUUAUGACAAAGUCGACUAUUUCAAAGAGGCCUCCAGCUCUCCCGUGUAUAAUAGCCAGCAAUCCUCAAGUACUUCUACGAUCGCAGAUGAUGAAAUCCGAGAUGAAAGUAGCUCUUCUAUGCAGCCUUUAGGUACUGAGCGUAUUUCUACAUCCUCUCCAUCCUUUCAGUCGGUUAAACCAAACUCAACUAUUCACAAAUCCCCCAAUGUAUUUCUAAAAGAGAAAAAUAAAGAAAUUGAUUCUGUUUUACACCUUGAUAAUAUCAUCAAUACCUUUGAAUCACUCCCUCAACCCGUUCAAUAUUACUUACUUUCUCAUCUUUUGAAGAAAUCGAGUAAGCAUGCUCUGCAAAUGAUUUCGGAAUUUUUGAUUCCUGUCUUCAAAAAGGAUUUCCUUUCAGACUUCCCUCCGGAAAUCAGCCGUAUAGUGCUCAGCUACCUCGAUGCUUCCUCUCUUUGUGCCGUUUCCAAAGUUUGUCGGAGCUGGUCUCGAAUGGUGUCCCACAGCGACGAAUUUUGGAAAAAUUUAUUUAUUCGAGAAGGAUUUUAUUGGGACUCUUAUGAUGAUCAAAUGAAAACCAUUUGUUUGAAAAAUUCUCUCUCUAGUUGUAUUACCAUGAAGAAAAUAUACUUACGACACUACCACCUUCGAAAACGUUGGAUGGAUGCUCCAAAGAAAAUUAAACACUACUCCUUUCCAGUACAUGGUGUUGAUCUAAUUACGAAAGUUCAAUUUGACGAUGAUAAAAUUGUUGUAAGCACAUGUAGCCCCAAUAUAAACGUAUACAGCACAAAAACGGGCGCUUUGAUUCGAAGUUUAGAGGAACAUGAAGGUCAAGUUUGGACAUUUGAGUAUGUUGGUGAUACUUUGGUUACUGGCUCAACCGAUAGAACUAUACGUGUAUGGGAUUUGCGUACGGGAGAAUGUAAACAAGUGUUUCAUGGACAUAGAUCCACCAUUCGUUGCAUUAAAAUCGUCUGCAAAAAUAAUAGAAAUGCUGAUACUUCGGAUAAAGCUAAUAAUUCUGAUUCAUUAAUGCCACCUUAUGUAGUAUCUAGUUCUCGCGAUUGCACAAUUCGUCUAUGGAGACUACCUGACCUCAAUGAUCCUCCUUUUAUGAACCAAAGAGAAAACAGCGAAGAGAAUGAACAGUCUCCAACUUCAAAUAAUCCUUACUAUUUACGAACGCUCAGGGGUCAUACGGAUUCUAUUAGAGAAGUAGCCUGUGAAGGCGACACAAUUGUAAGUGCAAGUUAUGAUGGUACAGUGCGUAUUUGGAGGGCUUCCACUGGUGCAUGUUUACAUGUUUUGCGUGGACAUCUCGGUCGAGUCUAUAGUGUUGCCAUUGAUAGUACUGGGAAGCGCUGUAUGAGUGCGGGUCUCGAUGCUAAAAUACGAAUUUGGGAUGUAGAAACGGGUGCACUAAUACGAACCCUUAACGGGCACUCAAGCUUGGUUAGUCAGGUAACUUUGAAAAAUGAUUAUCUUGUCUCAGCUUCAGCUUCUCCUGAUAACUCCUUACGAGUAUGGGAUACAAAGUCUGAGAAAUGUCUCUGUGUUCUGAAAUGCCCAAUUGGUCAUAUUUUUUUUCAGCAUGACGAAAACAAGAUUAUUAGUGGUAGUAAGAAUAAGCUACAACUGUGGGAUAUCCGAAGUGGUAAAUUAGUUCGUGAUUUGUUGACAGAGUUGGAUUCAAUAUGGCAAGUUGGCUACAACGAGAAUAUCUGUGUAGCUGCUGUCUUGCGAGAUAAUCGGUUUUGGAUUGAUGUGUUAGAUUUCGCUGCAUCGUCUAGUUCCUCUUGAAGACAUGUGAAAAGAUGGAACACUAAUUUUUCAUUCUCUAGUGGAUAUGAAUUAAUUAUUUUUAGCGAAGGUUUCUUCCCGGUUUGCAAGUUAUGUCUAAGUUUGCAAAUUUUCCCAUGAUGAUAUAUUUAAUGUCAUUUUAUUGAGGUUAUCUCUUUACUAUGAAGGCUUCUUCAUGUUUACAAAUGCCAAGCAGGAACCAAGUUUAUAGUUACAAACUGGGAAUGCCCAGCGGUCUUCGGGUAAUAACUUGUAAAACUGAUAGUGUCUUCAAUCAUCCUUUCUAAACAGAAAUAGAAAGCAUGUACGUUCGAUUUGUUUAAGGAGGUAUAGAAACCUUAAUAUUGGUACCGCUAAAUCGAGAGUUUUAUUAGCUGUUGCUGACCGCUUCAUGAUACAUAUUUAUAUAUAUGAUUAAUGCACGUUUUCUAUACUUGAUUCUCAAUCUCUUAUGCGAUGCAAAAGCUCCAUGGAAAACGCAUUUAUAUUAUGUUAUCUUGACUAUACAUUUAAUGAAUGAUACUUUUACAAUUGUGAACAGCGGACAUGACACUGUCCUUUGAGAAUGAAUGGGCUACGGAGUAAACAAUGAUAGAAUGUUAUAGGAAUGGGUAGGGAGGAAAAAUGAUCUUCCUAUAAAUUCACUAUGUUGUUGAAAGUGAGGUCUACCAACAAGUAUUAAGCUGAUUCAAGAUUGCUGCUGAUGUCGUUGCUAUCUUAUUAACUAUGACUACUGUAAUCUAUAAAUUACUAGACCAAUUCUCCCAUUGAAUUUCAAAUAAGUUUAACUUAUCUUCGUUCAUGGGGAUGGAAUAUCGAUAUUAUUCAUUCUUCCUUGCGUAAGUCUCAUCUUUUGUUUACUAUUUAUAAUACUUAAAUCCGUUAGUAUAAUAGUAGAUACAUAUAACUCAAUAUAAUGCUCAUAAGCUAAUAAAUUAUUUGCUGUGACGCGUGUAAAUGCAGGACAGGACGACUACGCCAACGAAACUAUUCAAGAUAUCGUACUAAAAUGAUUACGAGC